AUGUCUGCUCUCAAGGCCGGUGAUAGCUUCCCCGAAGACGUCGUCUUUGGCUGGGUCCGUCCCUCGCCCGAAAACGCCGACAUCAACGCGUGCGGCGUCCCUACCAAGUUCCCCGCCAGCUCCCAGUUCAAGAACAAAAAGGUCGUCCUCGUCUCCGUCCCCGGCGCCUUCACCCCCACCUGCUCCGCCAACCACAUCCCCGGCUACAUCGGCAAGACGGCCGAGCUCAAGGCCAAGGGCAUCGACCAGGUCGUCGUCAUUGCCUGCAACGACGCCUGGGUUAUGUCCGCCUGGGGCAAGGCUCAAAAGGUCAAUGACGAGUUCAUCAUCUUUGCCUCGGACGAGGACUGCAAGUUCAGCAAGAGCAUUGGCUGGUUGGCCGCGCCCACCCGCACCGGCCGCUACGCCAUUGUCGUUGAUCACGGCAAGGUCACCUAUGCCGAGCUGGAGCCCGCUGGCGGCGUCACCGUCUCUGGUGCCGACGAGGUCCUCGCCAAGCUGUAA